AUGCCUUUAAAAUUGCUUGCCAAAAAGUCGUGGCACGUCUACAACGCAGACAAUGUCGCGCGCGUGCGCCGCGACGAGGCUGAGGCCCGUGCUCGCGAGGCCGACGAAGAGCGCCAGCAGCGUGCCGCCGAAUCGUCGCAGCGGGCGGCCCAGUUGAGAUGGGAGGCCGAUCCCGAUGCUUCUCCCGAACAUACCAAAUGGGCGGCGGCGGCGGAACAUACGUCAAAGACUCCGGCUCCAGCACCAGCCGUGGCGCUUCACGCGCCUACCCGCCGGCCGCGCAAACGCCACGGCGAAGACGACACGGAUUUUGAGAUGCGUAUGGCACGGCAAUACGUCGAAGAGGAGGUUAAGGCGAGCAAAAGGCAAAAAAUGACUGGUGCUGCUGUAGAAAAAGACCGGCCAAUCGUCGACCGCAACGGAAACAUUGAUCUGUUUAGUCAGCUUGCAGACGAGGGCGCUAUCGGUGCACAAACAUCUCGAACACAGCCAGCCGGCCCGGCCCCAGACGUACCGCCUUCUUCCAUGCGCUUUGCCGAUGCUGCAGGCGGCGAAAACGCACUCAGUGCAUGGUACGCUGGCGAAAAGGGCCCGACGCCGGCGUCCAAGCCGUCGUUCUCUUCAUCUGCCGGGUCAGCCUACAACAAAUCGCGCCGUCCUCCCCUCCCGGCGCCGGCAGGCUCCAUGGCUGCCGAUCCGCUCGAAGCUAUGCGCCAAGCGGCAGCCACUAUUCGCACCCUGAAAGAAGACCGGAAGCGUGAGUCGGCAGAGCGGGCAAGGGAGAUGGCAGAUUUGAUAAAGGAACAAACUCGGCGAGAGGAACGGGAGCGGGAGAGAGAGCAUCGUCGUCGACACGGGCGGCGAGAACGUCGCCACCGCCACCACCGACAUGACGAUACGCGACGCCGAGGCGAUGAUUCCGACAAUGACAAUGACGACGUCGACAGUCUCGAGGGCUUUACACUAGACGAUGACCACAAGGGCCUAAGGUAUCGCCAGGACAAGGACAUUAGAGACAAGAGGCACCGUUCGUACCGCAACCGACGAGACGACCGGGAUGACCGUCAUGCAGAGAGGACACAUCACCGCCACCGAGAAGAACGUCUUCAUAGGAACGACAAGGACCGAGAGAGGAGUCAUACACGCCAUCAUCGCGAACGGGAAUGA